UUAAGUUGGAAGACUGAAGAAGAAGAAGAAGAAGGAAGGCGAGCCACUCAACAUUCCCCCGUUUGGUAGAUGCUUUCUCUGGGGAAGACACAGGCCAAGUCAUCUUCGCCUUUUUCCGACUCUACCAGCCGCCCGAUAUAUGCAUAUAUAGUGCUCACUCUUGCACUCGACCAUCAUCUCCCUCUCGCGAUGGGUCUCUCCAAUCAUCUCCACGGCGUUUCCGGUGAUUCUCUCCCCCUCCUCAUCCUAGCCGCCGCCGCCGCUUCCCUCGUCCAUCUCCGGUCGGUUCUUCUUCGCCUCCUCCCAUGUCCGCAUCCGCUGCCGACCCCGAGCCGUCCGUCGGUUCUGGCCUCGUCGUCCUGGCGGACCACCUCCUCUCCAAUCGGGCCUUCCCCUUCUACUACCCGGAGGAGCGGGGGGUGGGCCGGCGGCCGGCGUGCGCGGUGUGCCUCUGCGGCCUCGCCGACGGAGACCGCGUCCGGCGGCUUCCCUGCAGCCACGUCUUCCACAGGGAGUGCCUUGACGACUGGCUCCACCACCAGCUGAACCUGUCGUGCCUCCUGUGCCGCUCGCAGCUGGCCGAGCCGGACAUCCGCGCAGCCGCCGAGCGCGGGAUCGGGGCCCAGCUGGUCCAUCGAAACUAUGAUCGAUGAUGCCGCGGUCACCGUUAAAUAUCUUAUCAUAUAAAAACACCUCCUUGCUUUUAUCCUUCAUAUAAAAAUAUCUUAUCAUAUAUAUAUAUAAUC